AUGUCGCUCUCAGAGGCUGACAAUACAGAGGAGACAUCUUCUACGUCGUUUGGGGACAGUGACGAAAGCCAAGAUGUACGUGGUAUUUUGCAAUCGUAUUUCCUAGAGAACUUUGGCGGAGCGCAAAAUGUGCCACCGCGAAUACCGGAAAUGCUAGCUGAGAGAGAUGUUCGACGAGUGUCCCGCGAUGUUUCCGUGAGUACUGUGUCGACAGCGCUCUUGCUGGAGCAAAGUAGCGGCUCAGCAGACAACGACUACGUUACAGCGAACGAAGUAGAACCGACUGUCGAACAGGGCGUGCGAUUUCUGAGACGAGAACCAGCGGGCAACGCGCAGGUUAGCUAUGUGCGUACGUCUUUCGACGGCGGAGCCGAGGCUCGCGAGUACAGAUUGCCAAGGAAAGUGUCGCAACCACUCCUGGAACCGGAGGUCGCUGGUCGCCCCAAGGCUCCCCACAGUCCAUCUCUACUGAACAAUAUUCUAAUGCCGUCCCCCCUAGACCAGAGCGCCAGGACGAUCCCGGCGCUCAGAGCAGUCUCCGGCAGCUAUCAAGUGCAACAGCGGACCUGGGAGGCCAGGCGACAGUCGGUUGCGUCUGUUGUUAAGCCGCAAGGCACCGUUUUGGCCGCUCCAGAGCGCGCCAGAAUAGCCAGACUGACCGAUUCGCAGAUGGACUUGACGCUGAGUACUCUACAGGAAUAUCAGAAAGACGUGGAAGCCACGGCUGGCCGUGGCACCUAUACCCAGAGCAGUGGCAUCUCCGUACAACACAUCGACUCGUCGUCGAUACAAUCGUUCGACUCGCAAGAUCACAAGUUUUCCGAUAUUUAUAGCAUUGCAAGAAUCACAGCGCUGAUCGGCAUCUGUCUGAUAGUGCCGCCUCUAUUCUUCAUGAUCGCGUCUGGUGAGCGAGGCGGUGGAGUCUCCAACUACCGCCUGAUGAGACUGAUCAUGAACUCCAAACAUCGGGUCGGCAUGAUGAAAGGAUUUGUCUGGGACGUCGACGUCGGUUGGUUUCGAUACCUGUGCUUAUCACUCGGGAUCUUCGAAACCUUGGGCAUCUUGGCUUCUAUAGGCAGUGGAAUUGCCAUUGGCAGACGCCGCGAAACGUAA